UCCCGCCUCUCCCCUCCUCCCCGCCCCUCCUCCCCUCCCCUCCUCCCCUGACACACGGAAGCUCAGUGGCCCCACCGCCAGGAUGUCGGUCGCCUGGGUCCGCCGCCUCUCCCCCGCCUUGCUGCUCGGCCUGCUGGCCGGCCUCCACCAGGCUGCAGCCAGAUGUGGCUCCUUAAGUCUCUGCCCCGAAGGAUUCGAAUGCUGCGGGGACACCUGCUGCCGGGAGAACGGGCUCUUCUCCGGCCCCUUUAGGGUCAUCUUCAUCAUCUUCCUGGUCUUGAUGCCCAUCAUGUGCAUGUGCGGCCUGGCCAGGAGCUUCUGCCGGCACUGCAACGAGCAGGAGCCGGACCCCCUGGUGGAUCGCAUGAGGCCCCCAGUACAGCCCCCCAUCGCCCCCACAGAGAGGGUCACCGUGGUGCCCAUCCCCGAGCCCCCACCCUCCUACAGUGAGAUUAUUCUGAAGCCGGACUUGGGCCUGCCCCCCAUGGAGCCGCCCCCUCCCUACAGCCUCAGGCCUGAAGACCAUCCUGGGGGCCCCGGAGGCAUCGACAACCCAGCCUUCUGAGCCACCUCCUGCCGGGGAUCCUGCCUUCGCCAUCUCCUUCCCGACACCUCCUGGGUCAAGCCAGAGACGCCUGGGGCCCCCGAAACGCCCCCGCCUAGUCUGCUACCUCUCUGGAUUUAACUUAUUGCUUCUCCUGCCCCCGUCCCACCCCAGCUGACUCUCUCGUCCCAAAGGCUGGGCUGGAGCAACAGUGUCCAGACACGCACACACACGCACACCCAAGUUAGAGGCUGCCAAGAGGAAAGUGCGAGCAGGUGGAGGGGACUGGCAGGAGGAUGGGCUGCUCUGAGGGGUGAGCACCCGCCUCUCAAUGGGACAGCGGCUCUGAGAUGUGAAGGACACUGUGGGCGUACCGAGGGCGUACCCAGGGGAUCCCACCCCAGGAGCUCCGAGCCGGCUCCAGUUCUACCAGAAUGGAGAAGACCCCACCCCAGGCACACAUACUCACAAAUUAGCUGCUGCUGCUGCUGAGCACCUGCCUCUGGCUAUGUGUGCAGGUGAGCCCAGACUCUGCUGGGACAGUGUGUGUGUGGGGGGGGGAAGGGGGUGCCCCCCACACACACACACAUUCUGCACCCCAAAUCCCACCAUUGAGUCUUCAGGGACCAUGUUGACAAGAAGCCUAGGAAAGUACAUCCGGGGGCUACGCUCCGGGAGAGGAUCUUCACAGACGCUUUGGCUUCCCGCCCCGGGAGGUCUCUGCGUGCUACGGAGCCUGGACAGGCUGCCGGGGUGGAAGUGGCCGGUGGGCUUCCUUCCACACCCCGUCCUCCCGCUGCUGUCCUGGGGAGACCGAGCUCAGCUCCCUGACUCGCCAUGGGGGAGGGGAACAAGGAGUCCCGCCAUCUGUAGGGCUGGGCCUCCCAAGACCAGCCCCACCCUGGGAUCUCCUGGAGGGCCGACCCACCCGUUUCUUCCAGUCCCUUCUGUGCUGUUAACCCUUCAGAGGAAAGCAGUGCCGCUCAGAGCGCCUGGGGCUGGGUCCCGGGGAGUCUGUAGCAGAGCACAGGGUUGGCGCAGGCAGAGUGAGCGAGAGCAUGCUCCUCUGCACAAGGACCU